UAUGUCAUUGAAAAAAUACAAAAUACAUUUAGUUUGUAAUACAUACCAAAAAUGUAGCUAAAUGAGAAAAUUAUUGCCGAAAAUUAAAUUUUUUGUGAUUUCAUAAAUAAAUAUGUCCUGUUGCAGAAGAAAAAACGAAACUGAACCAUGCUUUAAUAACAUUUGUUGUGCGAAUAAUGAUGACAUUGAUAUGAAGAAACAUGUAGUAUUCAAUCCUGGAAUCCAUUUUUGUUUCUGUCGAAAUAACGAAAAAUGUUUCGUUCCUACUGAUUGCAGUAGUUUUGCAUCUACUAAUCCCGCUCCAAAUACAUGCCUAGAACCUUGUCAGUGUGCUGAAGAAAUAAUGUGGAACUGUAAUACACCACCUAAACCAAGUUGCAAGUGGGUUAAUAAUUUUUUUGAGUUACGUCGACAGUGGAGUAAUCAUGCACGUCGACAGAAUUGUAAAUGUUGCAAUUGUAAAUUACGUUAAUCGGUAAUGUUAAUUGUGGUUAAACAGUUUACUAUCAACUAUACCACUAACUGUAGAUGGAAAAUAUUUAAACAAAUUGUUUUACAUAAACAGUCGUUUGGUAUGCGUGGGAUGCAGACAUCUUGAAAGAUAUAAUAUAACUUCAUCCAUGCAAGAGAAAAUAAUUUGAUUUACUGCAGGACAUAAUCAAAGAAUAGAUGCUUGCACUAAUUAAAUGUCUUCACCAUAUUUCAAAUAAAUUCUAAGUAAAUGAAGAAAUAAUAUAUACAGAAACGGAUUAUUAAUAAAAAAUGUGGUGUUGA